CCUGGCCAGCCAGCCCGGGGCGUGUUUUGUAGGGCCCAGCAGCGCCGUCCGUCCCUCCCCACCCAGGCUUUUGACUGUGGCUCCAAGGGAGGGAAGCAGUGGCUCAGGUCCCGCCCUCGUCCCCCCUCCCCUCUAACUCACCCGGCUAUGUCCCUCCGACCUGGGCGCCGUGCCCGGGAGGCGAGGAAGGGCCGCGCGCCUGCGGGGCAGACUUUAAACCUCACUUAUGAACGGGAAUCAUCUGGAAGAGAAGACUAAGGACUCAGAAGACUGGCUGUGCAGUAAGCCAUGCACAUGGAGUUAGUAAGGUGCUCUUUCAGGUGGUUCAAGCUCUUGGCCACAAAGCCCUGGUCACUUAUACUUUUUCUCUUCUCUAUGCAACUUGUAUAUGGGAGCGGAAAGAAGUUCACUCCUUGUGGAGGGAGAGAUUGCUCUGUCUGCCAGUGCUUUCCUGAAAAGGGGUCUCGGGGUCACCCGGGACCACCAGGGCCACAGGGUCCUAUUGGACCGCUGGGACCUCCAGGACCCAUUGGGAUUCCAGGAGAGAAAGGGAUGAGAGGGGACAGCGGCCCUUCCGGAGCAGCAGGGGAUAAAGGAGAUAAGGGUCCCACUGGUGUUCCUGGAUUUCCAGGUUUGGAUGGUAUACCUGGGCACCCAGGGCCUCCGGGAUUCAGAGGCAAACCUGGCAUGAAUGGCUGCAAUGGCUCAAGAGGCGAUCCAGGGUUUCCAGGAGAAAGAGGAGCUCCUGGCCCAGAAGGCCCCCCAGGCCUUCCCGGGGAACAAGGAGAAAAAGGAAAUUCAGUGUUCAUUUUAGGUGGCAUUAAAGGUAGUCAGGGUGACAGAGGGAACCCAGGACCUCCCGGCUUACCAGGAUCAAGGGGUGCUAGAGGACCAGCAGGCCCAAUGGGAUCCCCAGGAGAGCCGGGGUUACCGGGUCCUCGGGGCCAUCCUGGGAGUCCGGGUGUGAAGGGCAAUCCUGGCAUGGGAGUCAAGGGGCAGAUGGGAGACCCGGGUGAGGUUGGCCAGCAAGGUUCUCCUGGACCAACCCGACUGGUACAGCCACCUGAUUCUUGUCUCUAUAAAGGAGAAAAGGGUGUUAAAGGACUACCUGGAAUGAUUGGACCUCCAGGACCUCCAGGACCCAAGGGAGAACCUGGUAUUGGGGAAAAAGGAGAAAAGGGCAUCCCUGGCUUCCCAGGCCCUCGGGGUUUUCCUGGCUCCUAUGGAUCUCCAGGUUUUCCAGGAUUAAAGGGUGAACAAGGACUGUUUGGAGCUCCUGGGUCAUUUGGAUUUCCUGGUCCAAAGGGGGAUCCCGGAGACCGCGGGUACCCAGGACCGCCAGGGGCGUUGACAACUCCACCUCCUCCACUCAAAGGUCCUCCGGGGGAUCCAGGACUCCCUGGCCGCUAUGGAGAAAUGGGGGCUGUUGGGUUCCCCGGUCCCCCCGGCCUUCCGGGUCGACCAGGGGAAACCUGUCCAGGCAUGAUGGGACUCCCUGGACCGCCAGGGUUUCCCGGGCAUCCGGGAGUUCCAGGGGCAGCCGGCCUUCCUGCGAGACCUGAUUCCGCUCCAGGAAAACCAGGGGACCCGGGACCACCUGGCCUGCCCGGAGCGCCGGGAUGUCAGGGACCUCCAGGAUCAGAUGUUAUAUAUUGUAGUGUUGGACACCCUGGACCACAAGGACCAAAAGGCAAAAUGGGUCCUCCAGGAAGAAGAGGCUCAAAAGGAGAAAAAGGAAAUGCGGGGCUCUGUGCCUGCAAGCCUGGUCCCAUAGGCUUGCCAGGCCCUCCAGGACUUCCUGGGAGGCAGGGAAGUAAGGGAGACUUGGGGCUCCCUGGGUGGCCUGGAGAAAGAGGUCACCCAGGCCUCCCUGGUGCUGAAGGAUCUCCAGGGCCACCAGGAAAAGCUGGUGCCCCAGGACCACCUGGCAACAGAGGAGAAAAGGGAGACAUGGUUGUAGCAAGAGUUAAAGGGCGCAAAGGAGAAAGAGGUCCUGAUGGGCCCCCAGGAUUUCCAGGGCAGCGGGGACAAGAUGGUUGGGAUGGACAUGCUGGAGCAAUCGGGGAUCCAGGACCCCCAGGGGAUCAUGAAGAUGCAGGCCCAGGUGAUCAAGGAGUUCCUGGACUGCCAGGCCCCCCUGGCAGAGAAGGACCAAGGGGACCUCCAGGACUGGGAUUUCCUGGUCCACCAGGACAAAGGGGGCAACCGGGAGCCCCAGGCCACCCAGGCGAGAGGGGCCCUGUUGGUGUGAAAGGUCGAAAAGGUGAUACAAUUUCUUGUAAUGUCAGCUACCCUGGGAGGCCAGGCCCUCCAGGUUUGGAUGGACCUCCAGGUCCAAAAGGAUUUCCAGGUCCUCCAGGUGCUCCUGGGCUGAGGUGUUUUGAUGGGCAAAAAGGUCGGCCUGGCAAACCAGGAAUAUCGAAAAUACCUGGUCCACCUGGUCUCCGUGGUGACACAGGCGAUCCAGGUUUUGAAGGUGAAAAGGGCUCCUCUCCCAUCGGGCCCCCAGGCUCUCCUGGUUCACCUGGAGCCAGUGGUCAGAAAGGAAUCCCCGGAGACCCUGCGUAUGGUCACCCAGGGCCCCCGGGAAAGAGGGGUCCCUCAGGAAUGCCAGGGUUGAAAGGCCUCAGAGGCCACCCAGGACAUCCGGGGCCUGCAGGGCCAGCUGGCAUGCCCGGAAUGCCGGGUCUCAAAGGCCCGAAAGGCAGAGAGGGAAGUGCUGGGUUUCCAGGUGUCCCCGGUACACCUGGCCAUUCCUGUGAAAGAGGCGCUCCCGGAUCACCAGGGCAACCAGGACUCCCCGGGGCUCCAGGCAGUCCAGGUGCCCUCGGUUGGAAAGGACAGCGAGGAGAUAUGGGGCCUCCUGGACCAGCUGGGAUGAAGGGCCUCCCAGGAGACCCGGGAAGGCCAGGGACAGAUGGACCCCGAGGACCGCCAGGAAUCCCAGGCCCCUUUGGGGAUGAUGGGCUACCUGGUCUUCCAGGCCCCAAUGGACCUCGGGGGAUGCCUGGCAUGCCAGGUUUUCCGGGAGAGAGAGGGAAGCCUGGCCCUGAGGGACACCCUGGCAGAAAGGGAGAAGUCGGAGAGAAGGGCUGGCCUGGCUCCCUGGGAGACCAAGGAGUGAAGGGUGCCAAAGGAGAGAGAGGACGCCCAGGAGAUGAAGGAGAAAUGGCUAUAAUUUCCAAGAAGGGGGAAACCGGGGAGCCUGGACCUCCUGGAGAUAAUGGAUUCCCAGGAGAAGAAGGUGAUAAAGGCCCUCCUGGGAUGCCAGGGAGAAGAGGGGAGCCAGGAAGACCCGGGCCACCUGGGCUUCACAGAGGAGAGCCGGGUAGAGAUGGGCAGCCGGGGCCUCCUGGACCGCCAGGCCCACCGGGCUCACCGGGGCUCAGAGGGAUCAUUGGUUUUCCGGGAUUUCCAGGUGAUGAGGGUGAGCCGGGUUUUCCAGGGCCCCCCGGACUUUCAGGAAUUGAUGGAAUGAGAGGACCUAAAGGAAACAAAGGGGAUCCUGCAAGUCAGUUUGGUCCACCCGGUCCAAAGGGUGAGCCAGGCAGCCCCGGAUGUCCAGGGCAUUUGGGAGCUCCUGGAGAGAAGGGCUUGGCCGGUGUUCAAGGGCCCAGAGGACCACCAGGAAGGCCAGGACUGCCCGGCUCCUCCGGACCACCAGGGUGUCCAGGUGAUCAAGGGAUGCCUGGGCCAAAGGGACAUCCAGGAGAAAUGGGGGACCCUGGACCAAGAGGCCUCAUGGGGUAUCCAGGGACACCAGGUCUUCCGGGAAUAAAAGGUCCCCCCGGGUUACCCGGCCUGAAUGGCUUGCAUGGUUUAAAGGGUCAGAAAGGAACCAAAGGAGCUUCAGGUUUGAAUGAAAUGGGCCCACCCGGCCCAAUGGGAAUGCCUGGGCUGAAAGGGGAGACAGGUGACCCCGGGAACCCAGGAAUUUCUCCUCCAGGCCUUUUUGGAGAAAAAGGUCCGCCAGGCCCUCCAGGGAGACCUGGACCUCCUGGUCCUGCAGGUGCCACAGGAGGACCUCCUAAGUGUGAUUUUCCUGACCCUGGUCCGCCUGGAGAUCAAGGACCUCCUGGCCCCGAUGGUCCAAGAGGACCCCCCGGGCCUCCAGGGCCCCCUGGGAGCAUUGACCUUCCGCAAGGGGAUCCAGGAGACUGUGGUUUGCCGGGGCCUCCAGGUCCCCGGGGCCCGCCAGGCCCUCCGGGACCCAAAGGCCUCCCAGGAUGUGAUGGAAACGAUGGCCAGAAAGGACCAGUGGGGUUCCCGGGGCCGCAGGGGCCACAUGGACUUCCAGGGUCACCUGGAGAGAAGGGUGUACCUGGCCCUCCAGGCAGACAAGGGCCGCGUGGGCCUGCAGGUAACAGAGGCGAACAGGGGCCACCUGCAGAUUUGGAUGCCUGCCCCCGAAUCCCGGGGCUUCCUGGGGUACCAGGCCCAAGAGGACCAGAAGGAGCCAUGGGGCCCCCCGGAAGGAGAGGCCCUCCAGGAGCAGGGUGCAAAGGAGAGCCCGGGCUGGACGGCAGGAGGGGCGAGGAUGGCAUCCCAGGGCCUCCUGGGCCUCCGGGACACAGAGGUGACACGGGAGAAGCCGGCUGCCCUGGAGCACCAGGCCCUCCUGGGCCCAUUGGGGAUCCUGGGCCCAAAGGGGUCGGCCCUGGAUACCUCAGUGGCUUCCUCCUGGUUCUCCACAGUCAGACGGAUGGAGAGCCCACCUGCCCCAUGGGCAUGCCCAGGCUCUGGACAGGCUACAGUCUGCUCUACGUGGAAGGACAGGAGAGAGCACACAAUCAGGACCUCGGUCUGGCGGGGUCUUGCCUCCCAGUGUUUAGCACACUGCCCUUUGCCUACUGCAACAUCCACCAAGUGUGCCACUACGCCCGGAGAAACGACAGGUCCUACUGGCUGGCCAGCGCCGCGCCCCUGCCCAUGACGCCGCUGUCCGAGGAGGACAUCCGCCCCUACUCAGCCCAGAGCCAGUCUGGUCCUCGUGGAACCAUUUCAGGAAAAAUGAGAAAGUCAGCCCUAAUUCUCUUGUUGUCCUGGCAGCACACAGGCGCUGGGGACCAAGGAGGAGGGCAGGCCCUCAUGUCACCCGGCAGCUGCCUGGAAGAUUUCCGAGCAGCUCCCUUCCUCGAAUGCCAAGGCCGGCAGGGAACUUGCCACUUCUUUGCAAACAAGUACAGCUUCUGGCUGACGGCGGUCAAACCACACUUGCAAUUUUCCGCAGCACCUUCACCAGAAACCUUAAAGGAAAGCCAGGCCCAGCGCCAGAAAAUCAGCAGGUGUCAGGUCUGCAUGAAGGUUAGCUAGAGAACCCAGGACUUGCCCACGUGCCACUGAGAGACACUCCCCAGGGGCUCAGUGGUCCCGGGCCGUGCUGAGAUUUAAUGGUGCUCAUUUCCCACUCCUGUGAUAGCGGUUUGUUCUGAUUGAUUGUCUUUAUUUCCACAGUACUGUAUUUCUCUGUUCUGGACAGAUUAAGCAAAUGCUAUGUGUAUGGAUAUGGUUGGACCCACCAAUCUAGAUGAAACCCAGAUCUCCUUAUUUUAUUGAGGAGGAUAGAAGAGCUAGCUUUAUCAUUUAAAAAAAUGCACAGAAAGGCAAAUA